CUAAAAUAACGACAUGAAAGGCAUUGUCUUGGAAGGUCCCCCUGACAACAAUCAACUACCAGAAAAAUCGCUGGGUUUUAUAUUUUAUAACGAAAUUAGAAAAUGGGAAAACACCCGAAUUGCUAUCAUCGAUUCAGACAAACAGAAAAUAAAUUACGGAACUUUAUCGAGGCUAUCUGUUACAUUGGCGAAAAAAUUAAUCAACUUAGGCGUGAAAAAACAUGACGUGAUAACUAUAAUAUCACAUAAUCAGUGGAAAUAUUUAGUUACCAUUAUUGCUGGUUUUUAUAUAGGGGCAUCAGUUAAUCCACUCAACUGCGACUAUAGUUCAGGUGAACUUGAACACUUUUUCUCAAUUUCUAAGCCGGCUGUUGUGUUCUGCACAUCAAAAACCUUCAAAAAUCUCCUACCACUAAAAAAGCAAUUAUUUUAUCCAGCCCAUAUCAUCAUUUACGACAAACAUGUCCCUGAGGCAAUAAAUUUUGACGACUUCUUACUUCAUGUAGACGAUACUGAAUUCUUCACUCCUGUUGAAGUAGACACAAAAGAAGAUAUUGCCCUCAUUCUUACUUCUUCAGGAACUACGGGUUUGCCAAAAUGUGUUCAGUUAAGUCACUCAAAUUUUCGCCUAACCAUGAUUUAUGCCGGCGAUCCGUACUUCCUUGACAUUAACAACGUUGAUUCCUUAGUUGGAUUCUUACCAUUUUUCCACAUAUUCGGUAACGCAUUAGCUCUAGCUAGCCUUUUAUAUGGUGCAAAAUUUGUAAUACUUGAUGCUUUUAAUCCAGAUUUUUUUUUAAACAUUAUUCAAGAACACAAAAUAACAAAAUUGUUUGUCGUACCCCCUGUUCUUCUUUUUUUGGCAAAGAGUCCUCUUGUGCAAAAAUACGAUCUUUCGUCAAUAAACGAUGUUAUGUCUGGUGCCGCACCGGCAACUAAAGAAUUAGAGGAAAUGGUAGAAAAAACACUAAAAGUUAAAGCUGUUCGUCAAGUGUAUGGAAUGACAGAAGUAUGUGGAGCUGCUACUAUAAUACCAAGAUAUGUGAAAAAAUAUGGAUCUUCCGGGAAAGCGACGACCACCCAUAGCAUUAAAGUUGUGGAUGUUGAAACGGGAAAAACUUUAUCUCCUCAUGAAAUUGGUGAACUUCGUUUUAAAGGUGAUGGCAUAAUGAAGGGUUAUUUGGGAAACGAAGCAGAAACUCAAGCUGCUUUUGAUGAACAUGGAUUUUUAAAGAGUGGCGAUUUGGGAUAUUACGAUGAAGAAGGAUAUUUUUAUAUCGUGGAUCGUUUGAAAGAAAUUAUCAAAUAUAAAGGUUUUCAAGUGUCUCCAGCAGAAUUAGAAAAUCUUUUAAUUCAGCACCCUGGAGUUAAAGACGCUGGGGUUGUAGGUAAAGUUGAUGAACGAUCUGGAGAGGUACCUGUUGCGUUUAUUGUAAAACAGCCAAACCAAUCUGUGACCGAAGAAGAACUUAUUAAAUAUAUCGCCGAGAAUGUGUCCAGUCAGAAACAUCUCCAUGGAGGUAUUAUAUUUAUAGACGCAAUUCCAAAAAGUACGAGUGGAAAGAUUUUGCGGAGAAAGCUAAAGGAACUAAUUUAG